AGCAGCGCUAGUGCCACGACGAUAACACCGACGACCAGGCGAGCUGCCGCGAGUCGUUGGCGAAACUUCCCGGCGACAGCCAUAUUAUCUCGUAUCAUCCGUCGAAACCACUUGUUUACCAGCUAUAUACACGUCCCGGCUGUCCACUCGUGCCUUGGAGAGAGAUCCGUUUUAUCGCGAACUCGCGACACUCGCAGGAGUUUCAAGAGCGACCCGGCGACUCGGCCAUCUUUCGACUAUGUACCCGCGUGCCAUCUGGAGUUUUUCGAAACUGGAUGUAUGAAUGUUAUGUGUAUGUAACCUACGCACGCAUUGACGCAUUACACCCACACACUCGCACACCAUACAAGUACGCGAUCGAACACAGACGUCAUUAACAAUUGGAAGCCGCAGCCCUCAAGGGUUGACAGGUGAAGGUUAAGUGGAGGCAUUUCUUCCCCGGGCACAGCAGGAAAAGCUCGCAGAGCAUGAGCUUUUAGAGAGAUAUCAUGCGGUGGCUCAGAGCGAAGAGGAAGUUCCUGGACAUGACGAUAAGUUGAGACACGUAGAUUCUUCGUGAGAUUGGGCUUCGCGAUCCUUCAGAGGCCUUUUCUGCAGUGUGGACAUACCGUAUACAGUUGAUUAGUAGUAGCUGACUGAACUUUUGUGAUAGGAGAGAUUCCGUAGACAAGCUCAGCAGUCAUGGCGAUGAACGAGGCAAGACUCGAUAUGUACGACGAUGGAAUGUCGGGGCUUGAUCCCACCAACGUGCACGGGGAGAUGACCGUGGGUCCAAAUAUGAGGAAUCAGGCUACUCUGGGAGAACCAGACUUUAAUACUCUUGAUGAACCUAUAAAAGUCACAAUUCUCAGAGACGUAAGAGCUGUUGGAAGGAAGUUCUAUCACGUUUUGUAUCCCAAAGAGAAGAAGAGUUUACUUAAAGAAUGGGACUUAUGGGGGCCAUUGGUACUUUGCACAUUCAUGGCAAUGAUUCUGCAAGGUUCUUCCGAAACAGCAGAUUCUUCCAAUGACGGUGGUCCAGAGUUUGCCGAAGUUUUCGUUAUAGUAUGGAUUGGUUCCAUGAUAGUCACACUAAAUAGCAAACUCCUUGGUGGUAAUAUAUCUUUCUUCCAAAGUGUCUGUGUUCUAGGGUACUGCUUGUUACCAACAGCUAUUGCGUUAAUUAUAUGCAGGAUCAUAUUGAUGGCCAAACAGACAGUUCUCCUGUUUGCAAUCCGGUUUAUAAUCACAGUGAUCGGCUUUGGAUGGGCUACUUACGCAUCAAUGGCAUUCCUCGGUGACAGUCAACCCGCAGGAAGAAAAGCAUUGGCAGUUUACCCCAUAUUUUUGUUCUACUUCGUAAUUUCCUGGCUAGUUAUUUCUCAUACCACGUAAAGUUGAGUGGAGAAAACGAUGAUAGACUGUACAACGAUUUAGCACAAAAUUGUAAAAAAAAAAUUAACACGGAUGAACAUAAGGGCGGUACAAUAAGACGUUAUACGAUCGUUGUAAUACGGAAAAACAAGAUGAUUAUGGAUUUUAUCAAUGAAUUGUAAAAAAAAGAAAUACUGAUACAUUUGCCUCUUUGUCAAACUGUAUUGCGUUUGUAUGACUGGUUUGUAUUACGGGAGAGCUUGCGCAGAAUAAUGUGAUAAGACAAUUUUUUAUUGUACUUUUUAAGCGCCAAACGAUGUGUCACAGUAUUUAUUUUUCUUUGAAAGCCAGAUUUCUCUCGAGAUGAAGAACACAUCCGAUACAUAUUUCAAUUACACGUGUAAAGAUGCACUUGCCUUUAAUGAUCUGUACAUAUUAAUUCCUAAGGUUGGCGAUAAAAGAAUAUAAUAAUAAUAAUAAUAACAACAACAAGAAUAAAUGUCUGUAGAAAAAAGAAACUUUAUUUACACGCGCGCGCGCGCGGUUUCUCGCAACUCUAUAGCGCUUCAUUUUUCUACAUGUAAGUGAAAUACUGCUGUAACUUUUGAAAGAGUUCUUGACUGUCGCGAUGCCCGGGAUAAGCGUUCAAGGCUUUUUGUACCGAAAUGUAACUAGUCUGUAAGUCUCCGCUCUGAAACAUAAACGAUUAUAAUAUUUAGAAUCAGUACAUACAAAUUACCAGUAUAGUAGAAAAGCGUGUAUAGCAGUGUUUACAUUAUACGCCAAGUAAGAACUAUUGAAAUGCGGCUCGUAGCUGUAGUUGGCGAUGCUGGCGGCCGCGUGAAAGUAUAUACGAGCCGCGACAGCGUUUCCAUUUCUCAUCUCCAACACGCCGAGAUUAUUGUAUGACGGAGCGUGUCUGUUAUCCGCGUCGAUUGCCAGUUUCAAGCACUCCAUGGCCAUGAUCAAGUCUCCGAGGCACUAAAGCCGAGCUCGGAGUCAAUCGAAUAUUCGAUUUAUCUAUCGGUAUUUCAUCGGGAAACUUACGAUGGCUAUGUGAGAAAUAUUGUACCAAACGUCCGCUAUGCUCUCCUCGGUGGCGAGGCUCAAGGCCCUCUCGAAGCAGGAUAUCGUGAAGUCGUACUGCUGAGCGUAGAAGCAGCACAGGCCGAGAUUGUUGAAGAGCUCGGCAUUGUGGACGCCCAUUUGCAGGAGUCUCCUGUAUCGAGGAAACAAUUUCAACAUUUUUAUAAAAGACACUAUAAUAUAUAUAUAUAUAAAGAAUAAACGACGCAAGUCAUUCCAA